ACCAGAUCUCUACGCAUCUUUUUUCCUCCCAUCUGACUAUUCAUCAUUGACUGACCAAGAUGGGGCUGUCCUUUACCAAGCUUUUCAGUCGCCUUUUUGCCAAGAAAGAAAUGCGCAUUCUUAUGGUUGGUCUCGAUGCGGCUGGUAAAACCACAAUUCUGUACAAGCUCAAGUUAGGUGAAAUCGUCACGACCAUUCCCACCAUUGGUUUCAAUGUGGAAACUGUUGAGUACAAGAAUAUCAGCUUUACUGUAUGGGAUGUCGGGGGUCAGGACAAGAUUCGGCCAUUGUGGAGGCACUAUUUCCAAAACACACAGGGUCUUAUCUUUGUGGUUGACAGCAAUGACAGAGACCGUGUUGUUGAAGCACGGGAUGAGCUUCACAGGAUGUUGAAUGAGGAUGAAUUAAGAGAUGCUGUACUACUUGUUUUUGCUAACAAACAAGAUCUCCCAAAUGCAAUGAAUGCUGCAGAAAUCACCGACAAGCUUGGCCUUCACUCUCUUCGACAGCGCCACUGGUAUAUCCAAAGCACAUGUGCCACAUCAGGGGAAGGGCUAUACGAGGGAUUAGAUUGGCUUUCAAACAACAUAGCAAACAAGGGUUAGUGCAACUUCGGAAUGGACUCCUGGCAUAAGAAACAACUUAUACAGAUUAAGCUAUGCCAGUGGAAAAUUAUUCACAGAAUUCUCCACUUCCCUGAUAAUUUAAUCAGGUUUGGUCUGAAUAUUUUUCCUACAAUAUGCCCCUUCUGUAAGAGGACUUCGGAUUCUAUGAAUCAUGUUUUGUUCUACUGCUCCUACUCGAAACAAAUAUGGAAAUACUUUAUGAGCAUCUUUGGCAUCUGGUUUCCUACUGAAAAUAUUUCCAUUAGACAGAUUCUAAUUUCCUGGUGGCUAGAGGCAGGUUCUAAAUCUUUGCUGGACAUUUAUAAGCAUACAAUUCCUGGUUUUGUUGUUUGGCAUUUGUGGAAAAUGUAUGCUGCUAUGAUUUGGGGGGAUUUACAGAAACCCAAGCCAAUAAAUUUUGUUAUUCACAAAAUCAAAUUAUUCAUACAAGAUUGGUCAAGAGCUAAGCUACAGAAGGUUAAAGCGAGCCCAGCAAGGAUGCUUUUUGAGGAAAAUCUCAUUUCUGAUUCUUUUAAUAAGAUUGAACGCAGAUAUCGAGUUGUGAGGUGGAAUUUACCUGUUUCGAGCUUUAAGCUGAAUGUAGAUGCCUCUCUCUUUCAAGGUCAAGCUACAGGUGGGGCGGUGAUGCGUUCCAAGUCUGGGAAUUUCGUUUGGGCGAUUUCCUUUCCCGUUGAAGCAAGGUCGGUUCUUGAAGCUGAGACGCAUACUCUCUAUACAGCUGUGUCUUGGGCUAUUGGGAAAGGUUUUAGGGAUUUUGAAGUUGAAUCCGAUUCUUUGGAGGUUAUCAGGUCGAUUGAAGAUGGUUUGCAGACUAGGAGAUGGAGAGGCUUGUUCGAACAGAUGAGAAUUUGGAAAGCUGAGCAUCAUAUAUCUUUUGGGCAUAUUUUUAGGGAGCAAAAUUGGCCAGCUCACUACCUAUCCAGAUGCAAUCCUGAUGCCAGCUCACUUCAGGCUUAUUUUUCCAUUAAUGAAUUGCAUAGUACUAUUAAAAAGGCUUUAUGUGCUGAUAAUUAUGGCCUUUUUUAUUUUCGUCAUUAAUUUUCUUACUCAUUGUAUUUUCGUCUUUUCUUGCUCUCAUUUAUUUAAUGUUGUUAAAAUUUUUGAAGGAAGUUUUGGCCUAGUCCCCUUCCUUAUGUACUAUCUACCUAUUUAAUAAAAUUAUGGCAUAUGUCUCCCGGCAUAUGUCCCACUGAUUUUGGUGGUUUGCCUUCCGGGAUAAAAAAAAAAAAAAAAAAAAAAAAAAAAAAAAAAAAAAAAAAAAAAAAAAAAAAAAAAACUAAGUUACUUUAGAGAGUUUGUAAUUACAAACAUUAAUAUUCGAAAUUCAUAUUCGUCAAAUAUUCAAAUCAAUAAAAAUGAAGAAAAUUUACAAAAGGAACUAAAGUAACGUAAAAUUCCAUAACCGAAUUAGCAUAAUUUCCACCAAAUAGGACUCAUUAUCAUCAUUUUUAAAAUUAGUGUAAUAAUUUGACAUUGUAAGACUUUAAUAAUCAUUGAUGUCACAAAUUUUUCAUAAUUCAUUACUCUAUAUUAUUCAAAAAAAGUGAAAUAAGAUUAAUAAGUCAAGAAUAGAAACUAUCAAAUAGAUCCUAAUUACAUACACUAAUGCUAUUUGUACACAUCAUUUUACACGCCGAUCAAAGUGUUUAUGUACAGACAAUUUGACCGGUGUUUUAUGAAGAAAAUCA